AUUCAGUAUUUCCAUUCUGUGGUUCUCCUGACUAUUGGUUUCCAGAGCGCACAUCAAUAUUUCACACAACGUUAUUCUUCCGCGGGUGUUGGAUACGGUGCAUAACCAGCACCAAGACGUAUAUAAAAGGCGACGCAGAUCGUCUUGUCGCUUGUCUCGCAUCAUCUUCGUCCUCUUGUUCUGAGGCUGAAAGACUCGCCUGUAUUUUCCAGACCAGAACAUCGAUCGUGGUGAGAAGAUCACAAGAUCGAACAACUUCUUGCCCAUCAUGAUGUGAGUUUCUCAGGCGUUGAGAUGAAACAGCUUGUCUGUACAGCUUCCACUGCAUGCUGAUCGAUCCUUUAGGCAUUAUCCUUCCAUUGAUAGCGGAAGGCGAUCUUGGCGCAACAGCUUGUUCAAAGAAAGGCAAUGGUCGCUGAGCGCAUCGGAGAAGAGAAUGCCUUCUAUGCCACCGGCUUUGCGUUCCCGACCUGGAAGAAAUGGGCGACAAUCAGUGUCAUCUUCGUGGUGCAGCUGUCGAUGAAUUGGAACGCCGCCGUGAUCGGAAAUGCCAUCCGUGGCAUGUCGCUCGAGUUCGGCAUCUCGGAGUGGACCGCGAGAUUAAGUCAAGUCGCUUUUCUCAUCACUUACGCCUUCGGUUGUGAAGCUUGGGCGCCGUGGUCAGAGGAGCUCGGCCGCAAAUGGAUUCUUCAAAGCUCCCUGUUCCUCGUUAACCUCUGUCAAAUUCCAUGCGCUCUGGCGCCCAACUUUGGUGUCGUUGUUGCUUUCCGAGCAUUGGGCGGUCUCUCCUCUGCUGGAGGCUCUGUGACUCUCGGUAUGGUUGCAGAUAUGUGGCAACCCGCUGAUCAGCAAUACGCAGUCAACUUCGUGGUCCUCUCCUCUGUCAGCGGCAGUGUCCUCGGUCCUAUCUUUGGCUGCUUCAUUCAAGAAUACAUGAGCUGGCGCUGGGUGUUCUGGGUGUCCCUCGUGUUUGGCGGCGUCACGCAGUUGCUGCACCUAUUCGUGCCAGAGACUAACACAAAGGUUCUUCUCGAUCGUGAAGCUAGACGUCUGCGCACGACCGGCAAGAAUCGCAACGCUGUCGGUCCGCUGGAGGCCAAAGGCGCUUCUUUCCGCGAGCGUCUCGAGUGGAAGGAGUCGUGCCGGGUCAUGUUCCGGCCAUACAAGUUCCUGGUCACUGAGCCCAUCGUUCGCUGGCUGUCCUUGUUCAGCGGUUUCAGUGAUGCGCUGAUCUUUACCGGGCUCGAAUCCUUCCCGAUGAUCCUAGGGAGAUGGAACUUCACCGGCAUUCAAAUCGGCCUUUCAUUCAGCGCUUUACUGAUUGGCUAUGUCAUGUGCUGGGCCAUCUACCAAUAUCUCUACACUCGCGACCGAGCGGCGGUGAGGGCAAACCCAGACGUGUAUGCUCCAGAGCAUCGCCUCAAGGCUCUGCUAUUUCUUGGGAUGUUGCUUCCUGUCGGCCUUCUGGGACUUGCGUUCACCUCGCUGGGUCCGCCAGAUGUCCACUGGAUUGCGCCGCUUUUCUUCAUUGUGAUGAUCGGAAUUGCAAACUAUGCGAUUUACCAAGCGACAAUUGACUACAUGGUCGCCGCAUACGGUCCAUAUUCGGCCUCUGCAACAGGAGGCAAUGGCUUCUGCCGUGAUUUCCUCGCUGGAUUAGCUGCUCUAUACUCGACCCGUUUCUACAAGGCCAUCGAUCCCGGAUCCCGUUGGCAGCUAGCUUAUCCGACUUACAUUCUUUGCGCGAUUGCCAUCGGGCUCAACAUUCCUGUGUGGAUCUUCUACUACCGAGGCGAAUACUUCCGACGUAAGAGCCCAUACGCUCACCAGCUGGAACAGCAGAGAGACGAGAAGCGGCUUGCAGCUGAACGCGAGGCAGCAUCCCAAGCCCAGCCAUGAGGACCAGUGGAUAGAGUGAUAAUGGACUGAGAGUCUCUUCUUGUGUUGUUAGAUGUGGACCUACUCGGACUGGAAUGAUGGGAUUUCAUUGAUUGGCAAUUGGUAUUUCUACCAUGGCUCAAACGGGCAGUACUUGCCCAACUGUUGUACGCGAAUGUGGGAAACCGACGCGCGCUGAAGUAUGCGCAUCAUCAUAGCUCCUAUGCCGCACAAUAGCAUUUUCCCAAUUGGAAUCGGCAGCGCGCGGUGUGAUGAUAUCCAUGUGAAGAUUUGAGGGUG